UGCUUUUCCCUUCCCAUGGCACCACCACCACCACUGCACGUCCCGUUCUGCUACAAAACCCCCGUGGAGCCGUGGCCCGGGCCGCGCCCCGCCACCCAUUCAAGGCCGCCGCCGCACCUCCGCCCGUCCUCCGGCGGCCUCGACCUCCUCACGGAGGCACUUGCCGAGAGCUUCGAUCCCGACGACGUUGCCACCGCCGCUGCCACCAUGGAUGACAACGUCGCCGUGGUCGACGCCCUGGCCCCACCGUGCAAGAGGUCGCACGUCCUCCUCACGGAAGGCGUCGUCGCGGACCACCACGACGACGACAACCAGCACGGCGUGAUGUUGCUGAGGAGGACGAGGACCGGGAGGGCGGCAUUCCCGCCGCCGAUAUCGGUGAUCGGCAAGGGCGGGCGGCCGUGGCUGACCCUCCGGGCACAUCGGGAGGACGGCCGGCUGGUGCUGCGGGAGAUGCGGCUGCCAUCACAGGAGUUGCUGCAGCCGUGCAAGGAGGACGGCAGGUUCAAGCUAUUCAUCCACCCAGAGGCCGGUCGCUGUGGCGGCGCCGGUGCGGGGCCACACGUAGGACUAGGAAGGGAAGGACGACACAGCGCUCUUGAGUCUUGAUCAGGAUAUUACCAGAUUUUCUUUUUGUCUUUAGAGCACUGGAAAUUCUUCCUCUCCUUCCUGCGAUAAUGUGCAUGAUCUUGCUGGUAAUCAAUACAUGCAUUGGCUUGCAGCAAUAAUCUCA